UAAUGAUUCCGCUCAUUUCUUCAAUAAGCAUAAAACUGGCAAAAUAUGUUCAUUUCAAUACAUGUAUUUACUUUUUUAAGAUAGCAACAAACAAACCGUCAGAUUUACCACAACCCAAAUUUUAAAGAUCAGAAAAUUUUCAAAGAUUUUUACAUGUCAAUAUUCUAAUAAUAAAUCCAUUAAUACAUGUGAACAUUUGAUAGAAUAAAUAAUGUGUUUCUUUGUGUCAUCAAUAGACAAUGCAAAGAACACACUAAUUAAGUGAAAACACAGGCAAUGAUUUUUAUUUUAAACAAAACAAAAUUACAAAAGUUGUUGAUAGUUUUGAAUAAUUGACUGUGAUAAGGAACUUCGAGAUUUUUGAAAAACUACAAACUGGUUCACAAAUUAGUCUAACAACACACUAAACAUGGAAGUUCAAACAAAAUUAUUUCCACACUCAUUUUUUUAAAAUAACAUGAACACGGUUUGUUUUCUUCACAGAAUAAAUGCAUCAUUCAUUCUGCUAGGAUAACUCCGAGGGUUUGAAGUGCUUGGGAUUAGAGUUAAAAGGACACAGGUAUAUUACUUUUCUUUGGCAAUUUAAACUCCUGGCACAUGCCUAGGUCUGCAUAAACUGGAGUAAGACGAAUGUGUCGCCUUAACUGAGGAUCCGGCACUCUGCCCUAUACAGCAUCCCGACAAUAAUGUCUAUAGAUUAGUAGACUCCAUCAUGACAGAUGCGUCAGUGUUACGAGACUUCACUCAGCCAGACGAGUUGAGUGACCUUACGCUUGUCAUCGGUGGUACCCCCCUCCAUGUACACAAACAGUACCUGGCUGAGUGGUCUCCAGUGUGGCGCCAGAUGUUCCUGGAGGAAUGCUCCAGCCCCCAGGGUCUACAGGAAAUAGCAAUGCCGGACAAAAGUUUACAAGAAGUUACAGAACUGCUCCAUUGCAUCUACUCUACACAAAAACCUAUAUCAGAUGCAAAUGUGAGAUUUUUAUUGGAACUUUCCGAUGAAUUCAAAAUAAAUCGUGUGAAAGAACGCUGUGAACAAUUUCUGAAAAAUCAGGAGUGUUCCCUUGGAAAUUUAGUCAUCGCAGAGAAAUACAACCUCCGAUCCCUCUACAAACGUUGCAUGGAGCAUGCCAAAACCAAAACUCUGGAAGAACUGGACUCGAGUGUUGAGUGCAAAAAGCUGUCCCAAAAGACACUGUUAAAGAUAUAUCAUGACAAGAUCGAGAUGCUACGGGAUUAUUCAAAAGACUUGACGCAGAAGGACAGACAGACGUUAAAAGACUGCGACACACUAAAGAUGGAGAAAGAGAACAUGAAGAGAAGUCUACAGAGUAUACAGGUACUCUGGGAGUCUCCCAGCAAGAGGUGCUUCAGGCACAUUGCAGACAGCGCAUUCAAUUACAGCUGUGCAGACUGCAAUGAAAAGAUUUACUUUGAAGUGCGAAAGUUGUGUGGCGAGGGGCAGCAUCUCAGGAGAUACUUCCCUAAACAGUUGGACAAGAAGUCAUCGACUUAGUUGAAGAGGAGAUGAAAGGAUUAUCUUUUUCUAACUCUGAGACGAAUUAAGGCCUAAACUUAUACAUGAAAGAGUUGGAAGGGGGGUGCGGGUGGAUAAAGAUCAAUUCUUGGAUAUAAAUUUAUGUGGAAAAGGGGAAGGUUAAACAAAUGGUACAUGUAUAAAAUAAAAACAUGCAUGAAAGAAUUAAGGGACAUUUAAAGGUUCUAAAACUGAAUUUUUUACACUUAAUAGAGUAGGGAAUUGUUAAAUGAUGUAAUAUUUUUAGUACAUGUUAUGUUUUCCAGGGAGACUAUAUAUUUUACCUGUUUAUGGUACAUUAACAUAAAUAUAAUGAAAAAAAGUGGUCCUGGUCUAAAAACAAUAACCAUGCUUUGUUUAAUAUUUGUGUAAAUUGUAGAUUAAAUAAAACAAAUUUACUGAA